UGUUUUUGUUUUUUAUUUCCAGACUUGAACCCGACAUGCUGCUGAAGUUUCUCAGAGAUAAACAUGUUUGUCUGGAUCGUGUUUGCCGCUGUGCUUUUUCUUUCUCUCGCAUUUUUAUUCCACCAUCCUUACUUUUUCCAGGAUGUCCACCAUGUGCUCUUUAAAUUAAAAUUAAGGCGCCUCGUCCGAAAAUACUAUCAGACGAAUUACACAAUCCUGGACCGUUUUUUCGACGUGGUGAAGGCGCAGCCCGACAAACCUUUCAUCCUCUUUAGAGAUGAGACUUUUACCUACAGGGACGCUGAUGAACUCAGCAACAAAGCUGCGAGAGUUCUCCUGCACACUGGGCUUGUUAAACAAGGUGACACUGUUGCGCUUUUCCUCGGGAAUGAGCCCAUGUUUCUGUGGCUGUGGUUGGGUUUGGUCAAGCUCGGAUGUUCAGCUGCUUUUCUCAACUACAACAUCAGAUCCAAAUCUCUGCUGCACUGCUUCAACUGCAGCGGGGCCCGGACUCUGAUCGCAGCUGAAGAGUUACAGGAUGCUGUGGAGGAGGUCCUGCCCAGUCUGUCAGAGCAGCAGGUCUCUGUUUUCAUCCUGGCUGAUAGAUGCACAUCUCCAGAUUUCAAGAGCUUUAAAGACAAAAUGAACCAGGUCUCCUCUGAGCCUAUACCCAAGAAUUUAAGGUCACAUCUAACCUUGCAGAGUCCAGCAGUCUACAUAUACACAUCAGGGACAACAGGUUUCCCUAAAGCAGCUUUGAUCACUCAUUCAAAGCUGUGGAGCCUCUCUUUGCUCCCGCCUGUAUCAGGAGUGAACUCCAAAGAUGUGGUUUAUGUUAGCCUCCCUCUCUAUCACACCGCUGGAUUUCUUGGUUUCACUGGCUCUAUUGAGAUGGGUAUCACCUUGGCUUUAAGAAAUAAAUUUUCUGCAUCGCAGUUCUGGGAUGACUGCAGAAAAUAUAACGUCACUGUCAUACAGUACAUUGGUGAAAUAAUGCGCUACCUCUGCAACACACCAAGGAAAAUCAAUGAUCGGAGGCACAAAGUAAGACUUGCGAUAGGUAACGGGAUCAGGGCAGACGUUUGGAAAGAGUUCAUCAACAGGUUUGGAAACAUUCAAAUCAGAGAGUUUUAUGGAGCAACAGAAGGAAAUUUUAGUCUGCUGAAUUACUCCGGCAAGAUCGGGGCUGUUGGGCGAGACACCUACCUCCACAAGAAGUAUUUUCCAUAUUCUCUGAUCAAAUUUGACGUAGAUAAAGAACAACCUGUGCGGGAUUCUGCUGGAUUCUGCAUUGAAGCUGCCAAAGGUGAGCCCGGACUUCUGGUGUGUGAAAUAUCAAUGAAUGCGCCGUUCAGUGGUUAUGUAAGAGACCUGCAGCAAACUGAGAAGAAGAGGUUGCAUAAUGUCCACAAGAAAGGAGACCUGUACUUCAACACUGGUGACCUGCUGAGCAUCGAUGAAGACAAUUUCAUCUACUUUCAGGAUCGGGUUGGAGACACUUUUAGAUGGAAAGGAGAGAACGUGUCCACAAAUGAGGUGGCAGACGUCAUCACACUGGUUGACUGCAUUAAAGAAGCCAACGUGUACGGAGUCACAGUGCCGGGUCUGGAGGGGAGAGUUGGGAUGGCUGCUGUCAAGUUGAGUGAAGGACAGAGUUUUGACUCAGUAGAUGUUUUUAAACAUGUUGAAAACCUCCUGCCGGCCUACGCAAGGCCACGAUUUAUAAGGAUUCGGAGUUCCUUGGACGUUACAGGCACCUUCAAGCAUUUGAAGGCGACGCUGGUGGAGGAGGGCUUCAACCCAAAUCAAAUAACGGACCCGCUCUACUUUCUGGAUGAAAAAGACAAGAAUUACGUCCCGCUUACGGCGGACAUAUUCAACUCAGUUACAUCAGGGAAGGUCAAAAUUUAAAGUGGCCUACACGACUGUAACUUCAUACAUGAGAUGAAAUAUAUUCUCCUGCAGUGAGUUUGGGAUUGUUGCACUGAGCUUUGUGAUUGACAGAAUACAAAUGUGCAUUAAUUCUCCUAGGAGCAAGAAAGCAAGUUUUUCCAGUUUAAGAGCCUGAGAGCCGUGAGCUUCUUAUUCAGACAAAUCACUGCGUAUCGCUCUGGUUUAUUUAGGCUGUUGUCACUGUAGGAGCUGGCAGCUCGGCCUCUUAUACAAUAGAUCACUUGUUGUAUGAUUGUUGUUCUGUCCCGCCUUCUCUUCAGGGCUGAAUAACAUGCCUUUUUUUGUAAACUGCAUAGUUUAAAACCUGAUAAGUUUGUUUGUAAUAAGCAUGAAUUCAUCCUGUUUUAAAGUAAUAUAAAGUAAGUAAUAGUAAAAUAAAGUAUUUCUGAUUCUGAUUCAAUAAAACAAGAGGAAAUAAUGCAGUUGAUCCGGGUCAUGGCAGGGACCAGAGCCUCCCAGCCAACUUAGGGGGAGAGGCAGGGUACAUCCUGGACAAAGUAGCCAGGUCAUGCAGGGCUCAUAGAGACAAACAACCACGCACACUCACAUUGACACCUACGGGCAAUUUAGAGUCACCGGUCUUGUCUUUGUGGGAGGAAGCCGGAGUACCUGGAGAGGACCCACACAGACAUGGAGGAACGUGUAAACUCCACAUGGAAAGGCUCCACCCAUGGUUCGAACCAGUGAAUGAAAACCAAACAUCCUCAAGGGAGGAGCUCAAACUUACUUAGAGAGAGAGCUCAAGGAGCCCCCAACCCCCACACUUCUCAUCCUGCAACCACCUUCCACACUCCUGUCGGGAGACAGGUUGAGGCCCUUACACGUGAACACCUUACACUCGUGUCCUGGAUAAUCAUUCACACCAUUUGCAGGCUCCAGCCUGUUAUUGGAGACAAGCAAAAGUCUUUCAGCUCUAUGAAUUCUGAGCAUUAAAAGGGAUUUGAACAUUUCAUAUGUUUUCAUAAAGCUGAAGAUGUGGGUCUUGAAAAUAAAUGUGUGGCUCUGUGAGGCCUA